ACAGCGCACGGCAGACAGAAGUGGCACGAUUUUUUCGUCGUGGCCUUUACUCGAGUUAACGACUCUUUUUCAUAAAGUCAACCUCUUUAGAAUAGCGCCGUGCAAACAACAGUCUGCGGUCCGAACGCUGCUUCCGCCGAUUCUUCCGCGCAGGACUGCGCCGUGUAAUAGCGCUGUUCAACGCUAUUCGAUUUCUGAAUAAACAAUUUGUGUCGCGAUUCGUCAUCCGCAAUCGAAGACGCGAAAAGGCAUAUUAUCAAUUUUUUUCAUGCAGCAUUUCACAAUGCGCAAUUUGCUUUCCUUCCGCAUCGCGAAUAACUCAUCAGCGGAAAAUUAAUUACGCAAUAGUUGAGCGAUUGGCGUGAUGCGCAGAUGAAUAACUCGCGAGAUGGACAAUUAAUUGUCGGAUACCAAAUUCGGUACUUGCAGCACGAUUCCUCAGCAUCCUUUUGUAGCAGGUGCUUUCACUUCGUUAUUAUUUUAGCCGUGCCGACUUUCGGACUGUCUCGCAGCGAGCUAGUCGACUGUCUGCCGGAAUAAAACGAGAAUUAAAUUAUUGCGCAACGUUAAUUAGGCCAAAAUAAUAUCGCGCUAGCGAGCUAUUUUGCGUUUACUGAACUUGAACUUGGCGCUCGUCAAGAAAUUUUCUAGACUCCGACAUAAUUGGUGAUUAAUUUCGGAAGAAAUAAAGACGCGCUGUUUAAUUAGCCGCUUUCUUGCCUCGCCGCGAUAGUCGCGAUAAGCAAAUUAAUCAUUAUACGCAAUUACUUUGUCGUGUGCGCGCGCUAAUCGUACGAAAUGCAGGCGGUAAAAAGAGUCGACUGUGUUCCGACGGUGCUUUAGAUACCGUGUAUAAGUGUCUAUUACGCACUUCAGACGCACUCGUGUCGUAAUAAUCUGUUAUUUUAUGCGUCGCCAUCGUCUCGAUCCGCGCAGUUGUGUAACGCGAUUUGCGAUGCGUUUUCCGUCUUUCAGCGUCGCUAGACGUCUUCCGCUUGUUUUGUUCGGCGAACGACCGUGACCGUCGUCACUAAUAAAAAAAUAAGAGAAAAAACUGCGGAAAUGUAUCGAGGCUGACAGGAUAGAGCCGAACAAAGAGACGCGCGACUCCAGAUUAGACCUCCCGUUCGUUCAAUCUGCAAACAAUUGGCGAUUGUAUUUUCUGUUUGUGUCUACCCGUCUCUCUCGUCGGUUAAUUCUUCGGCUGACGUUUCACCUCCGACCCUUGCGCGUUACCGUAAACGGCGAGUUUAAGGACGCCCGACGGAUACGCGUUCUGAUUUCUGCGCGGAAUGCGUCCGCGUCGCAUUGUCCCCGGCGCCGAGGAUGCAGCACGGAUGCAGCACGGACGCUUCGUCCGCGCGCGCAUCGGGAUUUCCGGCAAUUUUCUUAGAGUGAAUGCCGUUAGAACGCGCACAGACAGGACGAUAAUUAGUGCUUUAACGGAGACGCGUGUGGACAACGCGAUACGCAAGGAUGUGUGAACUCACCACGAAUGCAUCCUACUUCGUCUUAUCAGUCGAUUGAUAUUCAACGCGCAAAUAAAAAUGAUUCCGCUCGAGAGAAUCAUCAUUAAGCAGAACUUUAAUUGAAGAACAAAUUGCUAAUUUUGGUAUAAAAAUUAAAGCAAAGAGAAAACGAAAUAGCUUCCCUUUUGCUCUAAUUUGCCGAAAUCAAGUCUGAUUAAUCUCGCAUACAUACAUACAUUUUUGCCGAAACUUUCUUCGAAAUUUCACAUACGUUUCCUCAAUUAUCCUACAUUCCAAAACUCUCGAACCUCCACGCUUUUACAAGAACAAGUAUCUGAUAUGCUCGCCGCACGCUCGUUUCGAAUUAACGUUAAUGAGGCAAAAAAGGUCGCGACGUGCAAACUAAUUGGAUCGGGAGUCGCAUAUGUCUGCCCAUGGGAAACCGCGCUUCAUUGUUGCCGGAAUUGGCUGGAGUUUGGAGAGAGGAGAAGGGCGUAUAAAAACGCAGAUAAUGGAGAAGAUAGAUGUGUGUAUUCUGGGUUAACGGCGGUGAAAAUACAGGAGGAAGGCAGUAACUCGAUUUCACGAGAGAUCACCGGAUUCGCGCGACACUCGGAUGCCAAAUGUCAACCGUCAAGCUAUUUUGUAUUUUAACGGAAUUCCUCUUGCGUUCUCAGAAGCAAAAAUUUCGUAGGAACAACGCGUCACUAAUUCCCACCACAAUUUUAAUGUAGAAAUUUUAAGAGAAUUAUUUUUUUCCACAUUUAUUUGCCAAAGAUUAAUUCGCUAGGAGAAAAUCCGCGGUAAAAUUUUAGUGGAAAUUUCAGUGGAGGGAAAAUUGUUUCAAAUUUCAACUUUCAGAGAACCUCAUUGUUUAUAAUUGUGUAUGUAAGAAAUUUCAGAGUAAGGUAAAAAAAUAAUCGAGACAUAAAUUAGUGAGCAGAAUGUAACUGCAUAUCAUCUUAAUUUCGUAUUCAUCACGCUACCAGAAUCUAAACCUAACUGUAUUAUUAUCGCGACGCGCAUCUCGGGAACACAAAAGAUGUCAUCUUGAUAUGUUCGUGACGAGUUCAGUGUGGUCAUCGCAACAAUGUUGAUUUUAUUACGAGAUUCGCAGUUAUUAUAUUAACCGCUUGAUGAGACGAAGCUAAUCUGCGUGCGUAUUCGCGGCAACAACGAGUUCCUUGUAGAAUUGAAACAAAGACAUUUCGCAACACACAUUGUGAUCGUCGAAACUGCGCAUUCAAAAUUCAUUUUCAACAAAGCAAGGAUUUAUUUCCCGUAAAGUAAUUGCGCCGCAGAAUUAAUCCCGCAACGUCAUUAAAAUCGAUCUCUAUGCAAAGCGCACUUAUAUUUGACAGAUGCGUUUUUUUCCCGCGUACCACAUGUAUUACGGGAAGGAUUAAAAGUCGCUGGUGAAAAAGACACGCGGCCAAUCGAGCACCACGAAAUGCAGAGAGUGGUGGCAGCCGCACGUGGGAAGAGCGCGAGAAAGAGAGACUGAAGGGGAGAGAGAAACGGCGAUCGCUUCACUUAGCUAUUUCAUUACCUUCACUCGAUCCUUGGCCGCAGUGUACACGGAGCCGCGAUCACGCUUCGCAGCCGAUCCUCGUCGCGAAUGAUACCGAUCGGCGCGAUCCUCGCGCGCACGCGGACGGAUGGGUCGCGCGUUACAUAAUAAAAACACCGAGUGAUUAUAAAUCUACCUACGAGAGGCUGCGAACGAUCGCGGGAAUCUCUGCGGGGAAUUGGUGAGAAACCGAGAACCGACCAAGAGGCGCACCUACCGAGGUGCUGGAUCCAGGCGGAUCGUAUGUUUAUUGUCCUGUCGCAAGUCUCAGAAUGUCGCGCAGAAUCAACGUCUGCGUCAUCGUGAUGCUCGUUCUGCUCGAGCUGACCACAUCAGCCAUGGUCCUGCCAAGGCCACCCUCGUCGCCUAAUCACAUUCGUCAAGAUCAGGACUUGUCCGCGCGCAAGGCACUCGAGGGCAAAUCCUUGCACGGCGUCCCACGAGACACCAACGUGGAGAGGCCCGAUAUCGAGGAUUACAGAUUUCUCGAGAUCGAACUGCAGGGCGCCGACGAGAUGGAUGCCGCAAAUCUGCAAGGUCUGGUGCGCGUGAUGCUGAAGCAGCAGCAACAGCAGCAGCAGAUCGAGCAGACGCCGAACGACAAUUAUCCGAAUCCCGAGGUGAUCCCGCACUCGAUCCUCGGUGUGCGAGACAUGGGCCUGAGUCCGAAUUAUCGUCUCGACACCUUCGACGACGAUAAGCGCGUCCUGCUGAAUCCGCCGAAGCUGCAAAGCCUCGACGAGAAGCUGUACUAUCUGAAGAGCGGCCGACCGAAGGUCUACGUGAACGUGCGCGGACACAGCGGCUCCUUCCGCAAGGAGACCGCCUCACCUACGGCGACCCCGAGCGAGGGUGCGGUCGGAUAUCUCAAGGUUACGCGACCCUUCGAGAGGCAGACCGACUGGAAGGCGCGGGACAAGAAAGCCCGACCGCCCAAAAAGUUCGAUCGCCGCGUCGACGGGAUCGUUCUGCGGAACGGGGAAGUCGGCAAGACGAUCUCUUACGCGCCGGACGAUCUGUCCACCACGGAGAAUUCCAUGGUCACGUCUAGCGAAUUGCCGAAGCAAAUACCCGCGCCGCCGAGUAAGGUCCGAGGACGAGCCCUGAUGGCGCAGACCACGCCUGUGCAGAGGUACGCGCUGAGGAGGACCGACAUCCUGCCGGGAUACGGCUUCGUCGAGGAGUAAUCGUGUUUACGAUAACGGCAGAAUUGAUUUCUUUUGCAAGUAAGAGUUUGAACAGAUUCUAGUGCGACGAUAUAUUUCACGAUUUUCCGAAAAUUUUUUAUUGCUUUCUAAGUUUGAUAGUACAAAAAAUGCAACAAAGAAAAUUGAUGGCAAACUUCUUUUCAAAAAUUAUCAGUUACGAAGUAACUAUUUAAAUUAAUUGCACGCAAUAUCUCUUCCGUCAAAUUAUUUCGUAUCGCAAGCAUCGUAAAAUGCUGAUAAUCUCUCAAAACGAAAUUAUUUUUGAGUAAUCAACUAUGCACAAUUUUCUUCCGUCGAAUCAUUGAUUACUGUUUGUAUAACGCGUCGCAAGCGUUAUAGAGAGCGGAUAAUCAAUGUCCAACAUUUCUAUCGCCUUUAACGCAAUAAUUAAAGUGAAACUUAUAAAUCUGACGUUUCGUAAGCGUCACGAAACUAUAGAAAUCUCAAUAUGUAAGGGGCUGUGAUUGCGUAAAAAAUGUUAUUUCGCCUCGGCCUAGUUUUAGCGCCUUAACGUGAAAUUUGACGUCGAAUAUUGGCUUCGAGUUUAAUUUAUGCAAAGCAUAACGGCUUAUGAUAAGAAUACGUAAUCAUUCGUUAUUUAUACGAUUAAUAUAUGCAGACAAUUAAUAUAGAAUUAAAAGAGUGCAGUAAUAUAUUUUAACUUAUGCAGUUUA